UCCUUUUUAGAAAGCGAAGAAACGACAAAAAAGGCAACAGGUUUUUGAGUUCCGAACUCCAUAAAAGGCCAUCCCACAACUGGCGUAAUGCAGAGCGAAGAAUCCACAACAACAACGGAUGAACUAGACAACAUGCAUUACGGAGCUCAAUCUCAGGGAAGCGGAGUUAUUGAUCCGGCCUCGAUUGAAGAAGAAGAUUUCGAAGCAGCAAUGGCUGGCGAUCACGAUGCACAUGGAUUAAAACGACAUGCAGAGAGCGACGACGAUGGUGACGCUGAUACUAGCAUGUUGGUGGAGGAAAGACCCAAGAAAAAGACCCGAGGACGUGUUAAAAUCGAAAUGAAGUUUAUAGCCAACAAAUUGAGGAGGUACACAACGUUUAGCAAAAGAAAAACAGGGAUUAUGAAGAAGGCCUACGAACUAAGCACGCUGACCGGAACGCAAGUGAUGUUGUUGGUAGCUUCCGAGACAGGGCAUGUUUACACCUUCGCCACAAGAAAACUUCAACCCAUGAUUACUUCAGAGAGCGGUAAAGCUCUCAUUCAAACGUGUUUGAACUCUCCCGAUCCUCCUGUUUCUCAGAUUCCGAACCCAGACCAAAGGAUGUCAGCAACGGGAUACGAAGAAACAGAUCUAACUUACACGGUUAACGAAAAUGACGCCGAGAAGAUGCAGGAUCGAGGUGGCAUUUUCACAUCCCAACAAAUAGAUACUAAUCAGGGACUGACAGUUGGUUCAAUAUCAGGUGCAAGUGGAUCUAUGACAGGUAUUACAGCCUUGCCGGCAACAGGGCAUUCCUUCCCCAUCACCACCUACAUCCCACAAUCUAACAUCCAACAGCAAGGUGGUAACAAGAACACAUCGAUCCAGUCUUCGUAUUCUGUGCAAGCCAUGCCAGGCGGUGCAUUUACCACUAUAUUUGCUCCAGGGACAUCUGUCCAGUUGGGACAGACACUUGCCCAAGGACAGCAGCAAGGGUCUACAGUACAGGUACUUGCACAGCCUGCUGUGCAGAUCCAGCGAGUACAGCAGCCUCAGACUCAGACAGUGCAAGUUAACCCAGUCAACACUACAACAGCCUCCAACACCAUCACCUUGCCGAUUGUUCAGGAUUCAGGUCAGACCCAUGAUAAUAAUGUUGACCAGUCAUCUGGCUCACAAGGAAACAACUUGCAGUCAGUUGGAACAGUUGUAGUCCCCAUAGCAACCAAUCAAGAUGGGAGUGUUUCCCUUGGAAAUGCCAUACCCUCUUCCAUGAUGCUGACAUCUUCUCAAGCAGGCCAAAUCCCAUUGAUGUACAGUGUGUAUGCAUCACCUAACUCUGGGCUGGUGACUGUGUCUAACCUUGCAGACAGUGGCACAGAACAAGGGUCAGGACAUACCCAUCUGUCUGGAGAGGCAAGUGAUAUAACACAGCAGGCUCUUCCUGGUUCUCUGUCGUUGGCUACAGUUCAGGUGCACCAGGAUAUAAACUCUGGCGUGCAUGCUUAUGCAACACAGGCAGUUGUCACAGAGAGUAGUGGCACUCAGACUGCAGAUGAUAUGCAUACUGUUGUCAGUGAUCAUGGGAAUUUAACCGUGGGUACAGAGUCAGACACAGGUAUUGUGAAAAAUGACCUGUCAGUGUCUGUCAAUUAAAUCCUUUCACUGUGACAAUCUAAUCAGUAACUCUCCUUACUGUCUGCCAUACAACUCUUAUGAUGCUGGUUCUGAGAAUUUGGUAUUGUAUCGACUAAUGAUCCCUCGACUGACGUUUUUCUAUAUUCUCUCAUCAAGUGUGUUUGAUGUUGUAUUGAUACUCAAAGGAGAAAUUCUGUCAUAAUCACACACAACAGUUAAAGAGGUGAGCAAUUGUCCACUUCCAGGUAAAAUUGCCAAUGUUGUGUAAAUUUAGCAUUAUAUUGAAAAGGAAAACCUCAUAAACAUUUAAUUUUCACGCACAUAAACAUAUGCUUACUACAAAACUAGUUUUGUAGUUUUGUAGUAAGCGUAUGUUUAUGUGUGUGGAAAAUAAAUGUUUAUGAAGUUUUCCUUUUCAAUAUAGUGAUGAGUAAUACUUUCUUAGCUUUGGCAAUCAGAAUUUUGCAAAGAUGUGUAAAUUUAAGAUUUCUUGAAAAUAAUGGGAGCAAGCAUCAUCAUGUGCAUUUAAUAGAAACAAAGCACAGCCAACUUGAUUUACCAAUCUCCUACCAAGUGCCAUUUUGGAACAUAAUAUAUCAUGUGGUUGGACCUAUACCACACAAUAAUUUGUAGUUCCAUAUCUCCCAAGGUUUUCAGGGAGUAGUACUGAUCGUAGAUACUAAGGUGCAACCAUGGAGUUUUCACAUGAUAUUAACCAUGAAAAUUCUUAUAAUAAAAUAGCUGAAAAUUUUAUAAAAAUUUAUUUCUUGUAUUAAUAAUUAAUUAGGACUUGCUUCCCAUUUUUUGUUAACAAGUCUAAGUUUACUCAAUAUUUUCAACUAUUUUUACAAUAAUUUGUUCAAGUAGUGAAGUAUCCUACAAGCAGACGGUUUUGCAAGGACAAUUGUUUAUUUUUUGAAACCUCACACAUUUAAAUGUGAGGUAAUGUGUACCCUAGAUGAAAUGUCAUUGGUGAUAGUUAUUUUAAUGUAGCAUUGAGUUUUUGCAAUUCUUCAAGCAUCUAAUGGCAUGACAAAAAUAUUAUCAGUACUGCACUUGGAAUUUUAUCCUUCAAAAACUUACAGAAUUUGAACUAAACAUGGAAAAAAAUUUUAGUAGAUCUCCUGAUGCAAGGUUAAGUAAGGCUUAUGAUAUACCCAAUAUGUAAAAAAUGUUGCAACAAUUAAAAACUACCGGUAAUCACCGAUUAAAGGCGUAAUUAUGUCGUGGUGGAUAUUUACCGAGCUGCAAAGUGACAAGGUAAAUAUCCACUGCUAGCCACUGACACUGAGUUGAAUAGUUGUUUUAGUGUAUAAUUCAACAGUGAGAUAAUCUAGCUCAAAAAUACAAUUUUAACUCAUUUAAUUAUUCCUGCAACAAUUGCAAUAUUUUCUGGCACAAAUCCUGGAUGCAUUGCUGGGAAGUUAAAUAGCAAAGGAUAUUUGGAGUUUGAGUAGCCAAUCAGAAGGUGCCUUCAAUGCUAUCCACUGUUAUAUUAUAUACCCAUCAUUAUUAUCUAUUUCCCAAGAAAAGUCUUGAGAGUAGAAACUUGUAACUAUAAUACAGCCUUUUCUCUUGAUGUUGGGCAGCAUUGAAUGAUGUUCUACUUAUUACAAGUUUCUCAAGUGAUAUAAAAUGAUAUACAGUUCACUUCAUUAUCAAAUAGAGAUGAUUAAGAUUUUGGACAAUCAUAUUCUAGUUGUAAACAGUCUUAACUGUUAAAGAUGUAAUUAUUUAAUAUAAAUAGUUUGUACAUUUUCAUCUGAUGGUCAUUAAGGAGCAUGAAAAAAAAAAUGUAUUAUAUAUCCUAGUAGACAUUUGUUACAAUUUUUUACUUAUAAGUAACUUUUUUCCUAGUAUAGCUUUGAAAUACAAAAUGAAAACAUGUCUAAACCUUUCUCCUCUGAUGACUAUUUUUCUGGUGGGUUACCUAUAAGAAGUGAGACGUGAUGUCUUUACUGCUGGAAUGUUGACCCUUUACACCCUAACAUCAGUAUGCAGAUUCUCCUCAUUGUUCUCUAUACAAAUUUUCCAAAGGUGCUGACAAGGAGAAUUUAAGAUAUAAUCAAGAGCUUCCAAUAAUCAAUUCUCAUAACUUUAAUAUGUGAUUUAGAGGUGAUACCGAGGGAGAAAUCAGAUGUCAGUCACUCUUGCAUCAAUUGGCAUCAUGAGACCAAAGUUUUUGUGAAAAUUAUUGUUGCGGCAAGGAAAUUAUGGACCAAACAGUUUCAGAAAAAUUUCUUAUGUCACACGAGGUAAACUUAAAGUGUGACAAAGAACCAUUAGAGAACAACCAAUUUCUUCUGUUAAAACUAGCUCCUUGAAAUCCCUUUUGCCUUCGCUGACUAAGUUGUGUGACAACAUCUGUGACAAGAAUUUGCUUCCAAAGAUUCCUUAUGCAAAAACCUACGACCUCCCCGUCGUCUUGUCUACCAACUUACAAGCACUAGGAAAUAAGACUGACGAAUUGCGACUCAUUGUGUCGCUCGACAAGGCUGAUGUGGUUUGUGUAAAAGAGUGCUGGUCAUUAUAUCUUUUGUAAAUAGCUCUGUAAUUCAGCCAUUUUGUAUAUUGCUGCAAUGAGUCUUAGUAAACAGUCUUUAUUAUUACUGUUGCUGGUACUUGUCCCAGAAAGGUGUUAACCCUUUAACUCCAAUGGUGUGAUUGUUAAUUCUCUCCUCUGGCUGCUAUGCAUUUCCUUGUAAGUUAGU